AUGAUGGGUGAAAAACCUAACUUAAUCUCUUUGGCAAGAGUGUUAAUAGGUAUUGAUGAAUAUGAAAAAGCAAAACCAAUUUUAACUCAAGUACUGAACGAAUCACCAACCGAAAACGAAAUGCUCAACUGUUAUCGUUUUCUAGCAGAUGCUGCACGAAUACAAGGUGAGAAUGAUGUAUCAUUGACAAAUUAUUUUAUAUGCCUUGACCUAGCACAGAAAAUCUAUUCAUCGGGCCAUCCUGGCAUAGCAUCAACAUAUUCAUCUAUAGCAGAGGUUUAUUGGCAACAGGAAAACUAUAACUUAUCAUCCGAAUAUUGUCAAAAAUGUCUGGACAUUCUUCCAGAAGAUCAUGGAAAUCUUGCUGAUGCUUAUCAUAUAAUAGGUAAUGUAGACACAGCUGAUUAUGACUUAGCGUUAGAUUAUUAUAAGAAAGCUCUUGUCAUUCAAGAAAGAAAACUUCCAAAAGAUCAUAUCAAUAGUGCAGUUACCCAUAAUCAAAUGGGAGUUAUAUAUGAAAGAAAACAGGAUUAUCCGAUGGCUGUACAAUGUUAUGAAGAAACACUGAGAAUUGACCAAAAGACACUUCCAUCUACUCACCAGAAUAUGACAAAAGAUAAAAAUAAUAUUCUACGUGUAAAAGAGAUGUUGAAAUAA